AAAAAUCCUGAUGACAGAUUUUUUUAUCUUGAUGUAUCAACUUCAUUCGAUACUUCAAACUUACCAUGGAGACCAAUACCGGAUAAUGUAAACAAUCUUCCUUUAGGAUCAUUGGCAUCAAUAGUUACUGGAGGUGUGGCAGCAAGUAUUGGAGGUGUAAAAAAUGAAACGAUAUUCUUUUUUAAUAAUGAAAGAGAUAAUGCAAUAAAAUCAGACCCUCCAGUUCACUCUUACAAUUCACCAAAUAAUGUAUGGAAUACACAAAGUUUUUCUGGAGUUAGACCUAUAGGUAGAAAUCAAAUGAGAGUUGUUACUGAUUAUAGCGGAAAAACAUAUUUGCUUACUGGAUUUGAUUUUACCGUUCAAGGAGUAAAACGUUCUGAUGGAUUAUUUGUUUGCGAUACAAUAAAUUUAAAUUGUGCAAUCAAAGAUGCUUCUGUUUUUUCUAGACUUGGUUAUGGUGUUACUUUAUUACCAAAUGGAAAUUUAGUUUACAUGGGCGGAGGUGAUAGAACUUAUAUCCCCGUUUCAAAUGGUUUUGAUUUGAUAUUUCUGUAUGAUCCAAUUAAGGAUAGAUGGGAUUCAAAAAUUACUACUGGAAACAUUCCACCUAAAGAUGUUGGUAUAACAACAGUACUUGGUUUAAAUGGGGAUAAAAUAAUUCUUUUUGGAGGUUUUAAUGGUGAUAAUAAUGAUUUAUAUGUAUUGGAUACAACAAGUUUUGAAUGGUAUGUACCAAAAGUUAGAGGAAAAGGUCCUGUAUUUAAACGUGGUGAACAUUGUGCUAAUGUAAUUGGAAAAUAUAUGGUUGUAACAUUUGGUUCCAAUGGUGUUGUUAGUUCUAAAUAUAAGGAUAGCGGUGAAAGUGAUGUACUUUUGCUUGAUAUUAGCAAUGAUUCAGAAUAUGUUUGGACAAAUUCUUUUGACCCUACUUUACCAGCAACUAAGUCCGCAUCACCAGAGCAAUUAUCAUCAAAUCCAAAAACAAAUAUAAGUGUUAUAGUUGGUUGUGUAGUUGGUGUAAUAUUGUUGAUUGGUAUUAUAUCGAUAGUCGCUUUCUUAUUUAUAAAAAGGCGUAAAAAUACAAAUAAAGCUAUUCCGACUCCUGGUGGUACUGAUGGAAUUCCUAGUAAUGCUGGAAUUCCUAGUGAACAAGAAUUAUCUUCUAGAAGAAGAAAUGUAAUAUAAUAUUUAUUUUAUUUUAAAUCGUGUAUAUUGUGUAUUUUUAGUAAUAUAUUUAAUGUAUUUUAAUAAAAAAUAUUUCUGGGAGGAAUUUCGCCUAGCAUUAGAAGUUUCAAAUCCCCCGGAUUACUGACUGAAACACGGAGAUUGUUACAAUUACCAAUAAUAGAGUUCAAAUUAUUUAAAUUAUUUAAAUUGAAACCAAUUUAAGAUUAUGCCAAGACUAGUGUAUGAGUUAAUAUUU